UUUCAAUUUUGGUAGCUCUUAGAAAAAUGGCUCUGCUUAUUAUCACUGCCUUAGUUUUUAGUAGUUUAUGGUCAUCUGUGUCACCAGAUGCUCAAGGGGAUGCAUUAUUUGCGUUGAGGAGCUCGUUACGUGCAUCUCCUGAACAGCUUAGUGAUUGGAACCAGAAUCAAGUCGAUCCUUGUACUUGGUCUCAAGUUAUUUGUGAUGACAAGAAACAUGUUACUUCUGUAACCUUGUCUUACAUGAACUUCUCCUCGGGAACACUGUCUUCAGGAAUAGGAAUCUUGACAACUCUCAAGACUCUUACAUUGAAGGGAAAUGGAAUAAUGGGUGGAAUACCAGAAUCCAUUGGAAAUCUGUCUAGCUUGACCAGCUUAGAUUUGGAGGAUAAUCACUUAACUGAUCGCAUUCCAUCCACUCUCGGUAAUCUCAAGAAUCUACAGUUCUUGACCUUGAGUAGGAAUAACCUUAAUGGUUCUAUCCCGGAUUCACUUACAGGUCUAUCAAAACUGAUAAAUAUUCUGCUCGACUCAAAUAAUCUCAGUGGUGAGAUUCCUCAGAGUUUAUUCAAAAUCCCAAAAUACAAUUUCACAGCAAACAACUUGAGCUGUGGUGGCACUUUCCCGCAACCUUGUGUAACCGAGUCCAGUCCUUCAGGUGAUUCAAGCAGUAGAAAAACUGGAAUCAUCGCUGGAGUUGUUAGCGGAAUAGCGGUUAUUCUACUAGGAUUCUUCUUCUUUUUCUUCUGCAAGGAUAAACAUAAAGGAUAUAAACGAGACGUAUUUGUGGAUGUUGCAGGUGAAGUGGACAGAAGGAUUGCUUUUGGACAGUUGAGAAGAUUUGCAUGGAGAGAGCUUCAGUUGGCUACAGAUGAGUUCAGUGAAAAGAAUGUUCUCGGACAAGGAGGCUUUGGGAAAGUUUACAAAGGAUUGCUUUCGGAUGGCACCAAAGUCGCUGUAAAAAGAUUGACUGAUUUUGAACGUCCAGGAGGAGAUGAAGCUUUCCAGAGAGAAGUUGAGAUGAUAAGUGUAGCUGUUCAUAGGAAUCUGCUUCGCCUUAUCGGCUUUUGUACAACACAAACUGAACGACUUUUGGUGUAUCCUUUCAUGCAGAAUCUAAGUGUUGCAUAUUGCUUAAGAGAGAUUAAACCCGGGGAUCCAGUUCUGGAUUGGUUCAGGAGGAAACAGAUUGCGUUAGGUGCAGCACGAGGACUCGAAUAUCUUCAUGAACAUUGCAACCCGAAGAUCAUACACAGAGAUGUGAAAGCUGCAAAUGUGUUACUAGAUGAAGACUUUGAAGCAGUGGUUGGUGAUUUUGGUUUAGCCAAGUUGGUAGAUGUUAGAAGGACUAAUGUAACCACUCAGGUCCGAGGAACAAUGGGUCAUAUUGCACCAGAAUGUAUAUCCACAGGGAAAUCGUCAGAGAAAACCGAUGUUUUCGGGUACGGAAUUAUGCUUCUGGAGCUUGUAACUGGACAAAGAGCAAUUGAUUUCUCGCGGUUAGAGGAAGAAGAUGAUGUCUUAUUGCUAGACCAUGUGAAGAAACUGGAAAGAGAGAAGAGAUUAGAAGACAUAGUAGAUAAGAAGCUUGAUGAGGAUUAUAUAAAGGAAGAAGUUGAAAUGAUGAUACAAGUAGCUCUGCUAUGCACACAAGCAGCACCGGAAGAACGACCAGCGAUGUCGGAAGUAGUAAGAAUGCUAGAAGGAGAAGGGCUUGCAGAGAGAUGGGAAGAGUGGCAGAAUCUUGAAGUGACGAGACAAGAAGAGUUUCAGAGGUUGCAGAGGAGAUUUGAUUGGGGUGAAGAUUCCAUUAAUAAUCAAGAUGCUAUUGAAUUAUCUGGAUCAUCAUCUCUAUCUGUUGUCUUCUUAGUUUUUACUCUAUCUCGGGUUAUCCAAACAGUAGACGUGUGUGAUUACAUAAACACAGAUCAACAGAACCAAAAGCUCUAAACAAGACCGGCUCUUCAGCAAGAGACAUAACCACCAAGUAGACAGAGUCUCCCUUGCACUGCAUUAGUAAUCACCAAAAGUCUAUUCCUGUUUUGCUUCUUCUCUCUGCGUAACUUUUUUACAAUUCAUCAAAAAAAAAGGAACCAAAACCCAUCCGAAGAAAAAAGGAAAAAAAGCCCAUUCAAAGAAAAGGAAAUUAAGAACAAUAUUCAAUACAAAUAUCUGCUUAUGUCAAAGUCAUUAACCGACUCCAACGGCUACAUUGAACAAACGGUUAUCAUUAUAGAUCAAGACCUAAUUAACACUUCGCUUAUAAAUACAGAUUCUCACACGCAGCCUCUUCUAAUUCUUCCUUGAGAGAAAAAAAAAAAUCAAAAACUCUCUGAUUCACGCAUCUUCUUCUUCUUCUUUAAUUUUCUUCUUGAGAGAAUCUCUUUAUACAGAGACUCUGUGUGAAUUCCGAUGAUCCAUUAUUGAAGAAGUGAAAAGUCGAUGAUGAUGAUGAUCUCCUCUGCAACAUGAUGAUCCAUAAGAGUUGAUCUCACUUCUCUCCGAUGAGUCGGUGAAGCCAAGGCGGCGGUUAACGGCGACUAAACCACGUUUGUUCUCAACGAUCCGUCCGAUUACGUCUUACGAGGCGUUCUCGGCAAGCCAUCUCUUGUAGCCUCAUGUUGCAUAUCGGCUUGGAUUGGAGGUAUGAGAUUCGCUUGCGCAAUUACUUUGGGAGAGAAAGCUCCGACUAAGGAGGAGGACGCGAAUCAGAGGAAAACAGAGAACGAAUCCAGCGGUGGAGAUCAAGGAAUCGCGAGUUAUUAGGGUUUCACAACCUUCGGGUAUAAUUUCCUUUCUUACUUUUUUU